GCUGGAUGUGCCGGAAGGUGAUCGGACACUUGAGCGAGACCUUGAUGGCCGUCUGUUCCACGCCAUCCUCGCCGUUAAGGCCGGGAGUUCCUGGGAUGGUACCGCUACUGAAGUUCCUCUUAAUUGUGGAAAAAGAUGAGUUGUCACUGAGACAUCCAUGUACAAAAGUCAUAUUUAAAGAUGAAACAACAUGGUUACACACACAUGGGUUAACAUAUGCCGUCUUUUUGGAGGACUUCAGGACAAAAGAUGAGCUUGGAGUGUUACCAUGCCAACACUCCUUUCACAAAAGGUGUUUGGUGAAGUGGCUGGAGGUGAGAUGUUCAUGUCCCAUGUGCAACGACAACCCCAUCAGCGCUGCUUUGGGACAAACACACAGCCCGGGAAACUUGCUGGAUGAGUUGCUUUAAGCCUCCCUUUCUGCCAAACACCUGGUUACGGACACUUCCAGUGCUUUACGGACAACAUUUUUACCUAGAAAUCUCAUAGAGUUCAAGCGAAUGGCCUUUAUUUAAAAGCACUGCUGUUGUGAAACAUCAUGUUUUUGUAUAUGUGGUUAAAAAAUGUUUGCAGAAUGUUUACACAAUAAAUAUUGUGAGUUUCUUUC